AUGGCUCUUACUGACGACGAAAUUGAGAUUCUUUUUGGAAAAAAGUUGCUUGGAUCAAGUUCACUGCAAGCUCCGUUAAAUACUGUGUGGCUAAACAACAUGAUUCACUUUGGCCUUCGCGGAUGUAAGGAUCGAACAAAAAGAACUCCGCUGGGGAGACAUCGUUUUAAAAACUGACAGUGAUGGUAAAGAAUAUCUCGAGUGCCGCCAAACAAAGACUCGAACGGGAGAGGAUCCACGGAAUCAACGGCCGAUCAAGCCGCGAAUGUAUGCCAACAACGAUGCCAUUUCUAUCGAUCGUGAUUCGGUGCACGUUUACAAGAUGUACAAAGAAAAACGACCAUCAUCCAUGCUAGAAACGGAUUCAAGUUUCUAUUUGUCUGUAAAUUACUUUAAAACUGAGAAACUCAUGCAUCAGUGGAAGGCAAAAACUGGUUCAAAGCACAACCAAUGGGAGUGA